AUGUCGGUCCGAUCCCAACUAGAAUCCAAACUUCCUGCAAAGCACGGCGCCUGUGGCUUUCAUGGAACUUGGUAUAUGUACCAGGUUGUUACCAUGGUGACGACACCAAGUGCAUACCUGCAUGCGGUCAUCAAAUGCCUGCUGUGUUCAAGAAGAGUGGCAUGUGCGCCGGGUUCUAACAUCUCCAAGAAGCCCAAGACACCUUCACUAACUGUGUUCCUUAUUGGCCAGGCUUCCAGAGAUGCUGAAAAGGCUAAGGAUGUGCUAUGUCGUUUGGAGCACACAACACUACGCAAGGUGACAGCCAACACGGCCAUCUAUUACGAUCCGGACCCACAGAACACUGUGAUCACUGAAGACCAGGAGUGGGUGAACGUGUAUUACGAGAUGCCGGACUUUGAUGUGAGCAAGAUCUCUGCCUGGUUGCUGCGUAUUGAACUGGACAGGAAGAGAAUGACGGAUAAGAAACUCACCAUGAAGUCCAUAUCGGAGAAAAUCACUGCUGGUUUUGGUGAUGACUUGAACUGUAUCUUCAACGACGACAAUGCUGAGAAGUUGCUGCGGCUGAGAAUCAUGAACUCUGAUGACAGCAAGAUGCAUGAUGAGGAGGAAGCAGCAGACAAGAUGGAAGAUGAUGUGUUCCUGCGAUGUAUUGAGGCCAACCUGCUCUCAGAUAUGUCCUUGCAGGGCAAUGAAGCAAUCGCUAAGGUGUACAUGCACUUGCCCAACACUGAUGAUAAGAAGCGCAUCUUCAUCACCGACGAGGGCGAGUUUAAGGCCAUUGCCGAGUGGAUUCUGGAAACUGACGGCACUUCACUCAUGAGAGUGCUCAGUGAACGAGAUGUGGACCCCAUCAGGACAACUACCAAUGAUAUUGUGGAAGUGUUUGCUACCCUUGGAAUUGAGGCUGUCCGUAAGUCCAUUGAGAAGGAGAUGAAUCAUGUAAUCUCGUUCGAUGGUUCUUACGUAAACUACCGUCACUUGGCCCUGCUGUGUGACGUGAUGACUGCUAAGGGCCAUCUCAUGGCCAUCACGCGUCACGGCAUCAACAGACAGGAAACUGGGGCACUGGCUAGGUGCUCGUUUGAGGAAACAGUCGAUAUCCUGAUGGAGGCGGCUGCCCACGCAGAAUGUGAUCCCAUGAAGAGCGUGUCAGAGGCCAUCAUGUUGGGUCAACUAGCCCGUAUCGGGACUGGGUGCUUUGACCUGCUCCUGGACGCAGAAAAGUGUAAAUACGGCAUAGAGAUACCCACCAACAUCGGGGCCGGCAUGAUGGGAGGGGUUGGCACAGGCAUGUUCUUUGGUGGAGGGGCAAGCCCAGCUGCUGGAAUGUCUCCUCAGAUGACCCCAUGGCAACAGAGUGCCACACCUGGUUAUGCUGGUGCCUGGUCACCGGGUGUUGGCAGCGGCAUGACCCCUGGGGCAGCUGGUUUCUCACCAUCUCAGUCCGAGAGUGGCUACAGUCCUGGGUACAGCCCUGCAUGGUCCCCCCAGCCUGGCUCCCCAAGCUCCCCUUCGAGCCCCUACAUUCCGAGCCCACGUGGAGCUAUGUCACCAAGUUACAGUCCAACAUCGCCGUCAUAUAUACCGAGCUCGCCAGCCAUGUCUGGUGGAACACCACAGAGUCCUGGAUAUUCACCAACAUCGCCAAGCUACAGUCCAACAAGUCCAGGAUAUUCACCAUCAUCGCCGAAUUACAGUCCGACGUCACCUUCAUAUUCGCCAACAAGUCCUUCCUACAGCCCGACAAGUCCAUCGUACAGUCCUACCAGUCCGUCAUAUUCUCCGACAAGCCCCAGCUAUAGCCCGACUAGUCCCAGUUAUAGCCCAACCUCACCAAGCUAUAGUCCAACUAGUCCUAGCUAUUCUCCGACGAGUCCGAGCUAUUCACCAACAAGCCCGAGUUACUCGCCCACUAGCCCGAGUUACAGCCCCACUUCCCCCUCGUAUUCCCCAACUUCCCCCAGCUACAGCCCUACAAGCCCGUCAUACUCCCCAACAAGCCCAAGCUACUCCCCAACGAGUCCAAGCUACUCUCCAACUUCACCGAGCUAUUCUCCAAGUAGCCCCAACUAUAGCCCCUCUUCACCAAGUUACAGCCCUUCAAGCCCCAGUUACUCCCCUACGAGCCCCUCCUACUCGCCGUCAAGCCCCAAUUACAGCCCCUCGUCCCCAUCUUAUUCCCCCUCCUCCCCGAAAUUCAGCCCCCAGUCCCCCAGCUAUUCACCCACCUCCCCCUCCUACUCCCCCUCCAGUCCAAAAUAUUCCCCUGCAUCUCCCAGUUACUACCCGACAAACUUCAGCUACUCCCCCAGUUCCCCUCAAUAUUCCCCCUCCUCUCCGGCAUACUCCCCAUCAUCCCCUGCAUAUAGUCCAGGAGCUGCGAGUGACAGAGGGUCUCACAAGUAUUCCCCAAGCUCCCCGCAGUAUAGCCCAACAUCCCCAACAUAUUUCCCCUCGAGUCCUCAAUAUUCCCCCGCAAGUCCGAGUUACUCGCCCUCAAGCCCCCAAUAUUCCCCCGCUAGCCCCUCCUACAGCCCUUCAAGUCCCCAAUACAGCCCUUCAUCACCCGCCUACACACCUACCACCCCGAAAUAUUCACCCACCAGCCCGACAUACAGCCCAGCUGAAGAGGACAGUGAUAUGGACUAG